AUGUUCCAGGUCUUUGAGGCAUUUGGGGGGGUUCUUGCUAUCACGAUCACGUCGGCGUCCUUGCGCUUGCUUACCAUGGCCGAACUUCGGCAACGUAUCGGGACGGACCCGGCGUCUGAAAAGAUGUUCAAACACUUCUUGGAGGAUGUGGACUAUCUGGGCUCUGUUCCCAGCGACAUGCGAGAGGCUAUGCAAGCUGCGUACGGUGUUGCUGCGAGAAAAUGUUGCCUCAUCGCUUUGACCUCGUGCAUUGCUGCUGUCCUAAGUGCAGCUAUUUGCCACGCCUGCAACUGGAUCCAGAGAACUUGCGGUCUGGCGAUGACCCUGCAAGCGGAGGUUGCAUCGGACUCAGAGACAGAUCACAUCGACACAUAG